AUGAGGAGCGUUGUGUUGUGUGCUCUGAUUCUCGGCGUUUUCGCCGAGGACUAUAAGUUCGUGAGUCUAGAUGAGGGUGUGGUGAGAGGAGAAAAGUACUGGGAUGGAGACUUCUACGAGUUCUACGGAAUACCGUACGCUAGCGUGCCGACGGGGCGAGAAAGAUAUCAGGCACCCCUACCUCCAACGCCAUGGGAAGGCGUCUUUGAAGCGACUAAGAAGAACACAUUAUGUCACCAAUGCUACUACAGCGCUGGUGACGACGACGAAGUAGUUUUAUCUGGUGAUGAUGAAUGUCUUACAAUGAACCUCCUCGUACCAGAAGUAGCCGAUAAGGACAAUUUAGUACCCGUUGUAGCAUACAUUCACAGUGGAGCCUUUUCUGGAGGCAGUGGAAAUAUGGCCAGAGCACAUUACCUAGCAAGACACGACGUGUUAGUAAUCAGCUUCAAUUACAGAUUAGGUGCUAUUGGGUUCGCUUGUCUUGGUACCAAAGAAGUCCCUGGAAAUGCUGGUUUAAAAGACCAAGUAGCAGCUUUAAGAUGGAUUCAGAAGAAUAUUGAAAACUUUGGUGGAGAUCCGAAAAAAGUAACCCUAGCCGGUUUCAGUGUUGGCGGAGCUAUGGCUGAAUUACUUACAUUGUCGAAAGCAGCCGAGGGACUGUUUGAUAAAUUGAUUCUUGAAAGUGGUUCAGCGUUGUCACCAUUUGCAAUCAAUCGGGACCCUGUUGCGACUGCAAGGAAUAUUGCAGUAUCGCUCGGAUAUAAUGGCACUGGCUCUGUGGAAGAUUUAUCUGAAUUUUACAUUAAUGCUGACAUCAAGGAUCUUGCUUUAAAAAGUCUUAAUUAUUUCCUGCCCAACAGCACCUUCGGUUUUGCACCGUGUAUUGAAAAUGCUAUCGAAGGAAUAGAAUCUAUCAUCACUGAAUCGCCAGUAGACACAAUUAAAAACGGCAAAAGCAAUGAUGUCACUAUCAUGACCGGCUUUUCAAACAUGGAAGGCAUAAGUAGAACUAUCAAAUUCGGCACAUGGAGGGACGAGAUGAAUGACAAUUUUGCUGACUUCCUCCCAGCAGACCUCGCCUUUGAUAGUGAAAAAUCUAAAGAAGAUUUCAUAAAAUCUGUAAAAAAGUAUUACUUUGAUAACAAGCCAGUGAGUGCUGAGACGUUACAGAAUUAUAUCAACUACUUCUCCGAUUCCAUGUUCAAAUACGGAAUACUGAGAUCGGCUAAAUUGCAUGCAGAUGUGGCUAAGAAGCCUGUGUUUCUGUACGAAUUCUCUUACGUUGGAAAACUGAAUAUUGAGCAUAAUUACAUGGACAGGAUUAAAGGAGCGAGUCACAGAGACCAAACCGCUUAUAUCCUAGACUUCUUCGGCUACACCAUUAAUUAUAAGGACUUGGACACACGGGAUCGUAUGACGACAAUGUGGUCUGAUUUCAUCAAAUACGGGGACCCGACGGCCUACGAAAGUUCCCUAAUUACUUUAAAAUGGCGCCCAUAUUCAAAUAUAAUACCCUACUAUUUGGAGAUUAACAGGAAAUUGCUUCUAAAGACGGACCUCAACGAAGACGGAUACAAAUUCUGGGACAGAAUCUACGAAAAGUUUUAUUGGAACCCUACAGCGCCACCCAAAAAGAACAAGAAAUAAAGAAUCUUUAUUAAA